AUGGAAUUUAAUGUAUUAAUUAGAACAGUAUAUGAAAGCAAUGAUGACGAAACAAAAUAUGAACUUAUAGAGGAUUUAAAAAAAUAAAUCGAAAGCCAUUAGCAAGUUAUCCUCCCUGAAUUAAGAAGACUUUUUAUGAUGCUUUCUGAAACUCUUGCUGGCGCAAAGAAAGAUAAUCUAAUACUGCUUUUACAUUAAACUAUCAGCACUUUAAUCAGAGUUCUUCUUAGUUAAGAAAUAGAACUCAAUUUUAAAUAUAUUUUAUAACCACUUAUUAAUAAUUUGGCUGAGCCAGAUCAAUCAAUAAGACGCAGUACAAAGCUAGUUAUUGAUAAUUUUCUUAAAAAAACUAGAAAUAUUGAAUUAAUUAUAGAUUAUUUAAUUAAGUAUGGGUUUAGCUCAGAAAACUAUUUUCUACGAGAAAAAAGCAUAGGAUCAAGUGUUAGAUUUUUAGAUAUAUGUUAAAAUAUAUUUUGUUCUCGUUCUGGAUUGAACGACGUAAGGAGAUUGAUAGAAAAUAUAAUUAUAAAACUGAAUGAUAGUGUAGAAAAUGUUAGAAUUAAGGCAUAAAAAGUUUUGUAUAAAAUUAUGAAGCAAAAGAAUUACGAAGGGUUUCUUUAAGUUCAAAGAAGACUGUCAAAAGAACAUCAAUAAUAGAUGGAAAAUGUUGUUAAUAAGAAACACCUCGAAUAAGAAGAUUAAAAAAUAAAGGAGCUGUAUGAGAAAUUUGGUGAAAUAAAUUUACAUAUGUUUGAAGAUUAUUAGUAGGAUUUUAUUGUUGAGAAUACAGAUGGUAUCAGAAAGUAUUAUUUGUAUUAAGAAAUGCCACAAUUUACUAAAAAGCAGAUUCUAUCUUUCUUUCCUUUGGGGAUGAAUGGCUUAUACUUCAAUUUGAUUAGAGAAGAUACUCUAAUAGAUUGCUUUAAUGAAUCAGAUUUAAGAGUAAAAAUACAAGCAUCUAAAGAAGUUUUAGAAGCUUUUGAGGCUUGCGAAACUCCUGAAGAUACAAUCAAUGAUAUUAGAUCUUAUUUGGGAGCAUUUUAUAAAUUCAUUACUUAUUUAUUAAGUAGCAAAAACCUCAUUAUAAGUGGAAACGCUAUGAAAAUUGUUUCUACUUUAAUUCAACAUAGUGCUGGUAUGCAAAUGAAGGCCUAUAUAAUCUUAGCACUUCCUCCUUUAAUAGGAAAGUUAGGAGAAGAAAGAAUUAAUAUUAGAAAUACAGCUUUUUUUAUAGUCAGAUCUAUGAUUACAUCUAUUAAAAAACACACUCUUCUAAAAAGUUUUUGUCUUUUUCUAAAUGAUCAAUUAAAUAAUCAAACAAAUCCUAACUGGCACAUCAAAGAAGAAAUACUAAAUCUUAUUUCAGUUUUGUUUCUUUGUUUGUUUGAUGGCUAUCCUGAAGAAUGGUACGAAAAUGCAUUUAUUAAAGAACUUUAAGGAGAUGAUGCUAACAGUAUCAGAUAUAUUGAUAUGAAGCACGUACUAACUACAAUUGCUUUAUUUUUAGAUGAUAAAGUAAUGAAAGUUAGAAAAGCAGCUAUGGAAGCUUUAGCUGUUAUAUCUAGUUACGGUACUCAUAAAGAAUAUAUUUUAUAGAUACUUCAUGAAAUUUUAGAUUCCAAAGUUUACGACUAGCUUGUCGAUAAGCUGCAAACUGGUAAAGUUUAUUUUAUUAACCAACAUGGAAAACUAGAAAUGCCUGUAAUAGAAGUUAAGAAAUAUGAAAAUGAAAAAGAUAAAUAUGACGAAAGAUUAAGAAGAUACAAAAUGCUUCUUAAUGAGAAACUUAGUGAGGAUGAAAGCUAAAGGAGUUUAUCAGAAAUUUUAGAAAUUUCAUAAAAGGGUAACGAGGAAGAUGAAAAUGGAAUAGAAUUUUUGAGAAGAGAAGAAGGAGAACGAGAAAAAGAUAUCAGAUAAAGAAAAUUGAAAAUCACGUAUUACAAUUUAGAAGAUGAAGAAAACAGAUUGAUGAGUAUGAGAGAUAGAAUAAAAAAGACAAAUGAUAAUAUCGAUAAAUAUCUUCACAAUCAUGAGCAUGAUGGAGUGGAUUCAGUUAAAUAUGAUAUCCUUGUUCCUAUUAAAGAUAUACCAUUAACAACUUACAAUUAAAAGCAAUCGCCAGCUAAAUCAAACAAGGCAAAAUCUUCAAAUAAAAAAUUAGAUGUCCCUGUAGCUGAAAGCAAAUUAGGAGAUGAUGGAGAAGAAAAAUUUGAUCCAUUUGCUGGAGAUGAAUUUGGCAAAUUAAUAUUUGAUAAUGAAGAAGAAUAAAAGAAAUAAAUUAAAAGAGAGUAAGAGAGUAGGUAUCCAGAUGAAUUAAAGAAAAAUGUAUACUAUUUCUAACCUAUUUAGCCAAAGCCAAUUGAGAAGGAAGAAAGUGAAAAAGAUUCCUUAGAUGAUCUAAAAGUAGUUGAAUUCGAGUAUAGAACUGAUGACUAUGAUCCUCUAGCAUUAGCUUCCAAAAAGAAGCCAGCAAACACUAAAAUAGAUAUAUAGCAGCGUAUUAAUAGUUCUCUUAGUAAACUGAAUCAAGGUCCAAACGCGAAUGAGAAGUUCGUAUUGAACCUUCCUAAAGUAAUCUAAUUAAAUGAAAAGGAAUAUGAUGGCUAUGAGUAUUCAGCUUACAAUGACAGCAGUAUAGAUAAUACAUAAAACUUUAAUAAUCUUUGA